CCGGGCGAGGCCUUCCGGACGCUGCAGACACUGCUGCCCCCCCUGACGGACUGCUCGCCGGAGGCCAUUGGCGCCCUGCCCCUCCUGCAGUUCGCCCUCGGGGACAGCGCCGUCUUCGACGUCCGGCCGGAGCACUACGUGGGAGUGGCCACCACUGGCCCCGACGGCUGCAGGUACAACUUGCAGGGCGUGGGCGACACGAGCACGCGCACCGUCGUGCUCGGCGUGCCUUUCCUGCUGGACCGCGACGUGGCGUUCGACCAGGGCCGCAUGCGCGUGGGCGCCACGGGCGGGAGGCCCGAGCCGCACGGCGCCGGCGCGGCGGCGCCGCCGAGCGCCUCGGACCAGGCGGCGGGCGGCGCCUCCUCGGCUGGCGCCCAGGGCCCUCGCGGUGUGCGGGCGGGACGCCGCUCGCCGGUGGCGCUGGCCCUCCGUGGCGGGCGCCUGCGGCGGGCAAACGGCCACCGCCGCGCCCGGGCAGCGGCAGCGUGACGGGCUUCUUCCUCUCGACCUGCUCCUCCUCCGCCUCCCCCACGGCUGCACCGAUUGCAGCCCAGCGCGCUCCUCUCGACCCGGUCCUCCUCCUCGGGCGGGGCCGCUCCCCCAGGCCCGGGGCCAAAGCCUCCCGGAGUUCGGGCAGCGACCCGAUGGCUCUGCCCGGCUCCAGGUGCGCGGAGUCCACUCGCAGGUCCGCCG